ACAGGAUGUGCUGGCAAUUACUUCAUGGUUUCCUGGACUUGCACACAUUGGACCUAGCAGCUGCAGAAACGAUGGGUCUGAGUGUCCUGUGUCUGGGCCUUGUCCUGCUUGGGGUCCUGAAGAGCCAGGCCCAGGAUUCAACUCAGAACUUGAUCCCUGCCCCAUCUUUGCUCAAUGUCCCCCUGCAGCCAGGCUUCCGGACCGAUCAGUUCCGGGGCAGGUGGUACGUUGUGGGCCUGGCAGGCAAUGCGGUCCAGAAAGAAAAAGAAGGCCACUUUACGAUGUACAGCACCAUCUAUGAGCUGCAAGAGAACAAUAGCUAUAAUGUCACCUCCAUCCUGGUCAGGGGCCAGGGCUGUCGCUACUGGAUCAGAACAUUUGUUCCAAGCUCCAGGGCUGGCCAGUUCACCCUGGGGGACAUUCACAACUAUCCUCAGGUACAGAGCUACCAUGUGCAAGUGGCCACCACUGACUACAACCAGUUCGCCAUGGUAUUUUUCCAGAAGACUUUUGAAAACAAGCAAUACUUCAAAAUUACCCUGUAUGGAAGAACCAAGGAGCUGUCCCCUGAGCUGAAGGAGCGUUUUGUCCGCUUUGCCAAGUCUCUGGGCCUCAAGGAUGACAACAUCAUUUUCUCUGUCCCCACCGACCAAUGCAUUGACAACUGAACAGGCAGUGAGUGUGGCUGACUGGGAUGCAGAGGCCUGAUGGUUUAUUUGGGCACCGUCUGUCUGUCUGCCACUCCAUCUUUCCUGUUGCAACCUGGCUGCCCCACCAGCCACGGUACCAGCGAGCAUCUGAUGCCUCUUCUUAUUUGGUCAGCACUCCUCACCCACCUGCCUUAACGCUGCCCCAUCAAUGGUGCCCUCUUUCUGCUGAAUAAACACA